GUCUUUUCUUCAAUAAUAGCAGCCUCAUCAUCAGAUUCACUCAAUUCAAUUAUAAUUGAGAAAUAUUCUCCAUUUAACUUUGGUUACAUUUGGAUGGGCUUCAAUUGUGUUUCUUCAGCUACAUAUAUUUUAUUUAUGAGAAAAAGAAUCAAAUCAACAAACUUCAAAGACUUUGACACUGUAUAUUAUAAUAACAUGUUAUCAACUCCAUUAUUGGUUUUCAUGAGUUUAAUAGUGGAAGAUUGGUCCUAUGCUAACUUAGAAAAAAACUUUCCAAUUGAAGUCCGAGGUAUUUUAAUAUCAUCAAUGUUAUUCUCAGGAUUAUCAGCUUUUGCAAUUUCUUUUGCUUCUGCAUGGUGUAUUAGAGUCACCUCAAGUACCACUUACAGUAUGGUUGGCGCAUUAAACAAAUUACCAAUAGCUGCAAGUGGUAUAAUUUUCUUUGGUGAUCCUACAACUUUUGGAAGUGUAUCUGCUAUUCUUAUUGAGAAAAGUUCAAUUUCUAACUUGAAAAUCGCUAGAGCAACUUCACAACCUUAUUCAAUAAAUAGGCCUUCUACUAUAUCACCUAAACUUAAAUCAUCAUCAUCGUCACCAACAACGACAAAUCCUUCUACAAAGUUUUUUGGGUCUAAAAAAGCCCAAUUAAGUACUCCACCAACCAAUUCGUUGACUAAAAAAGUCGUGUCACCUGUGAUUUCAUCAAAGUCUUCUUCUACUAUUAAACAUAGA